AGAUGAGUCAAACAAGUGCUUAUGGCCCUUACACACCUGGUUUCAAUACUGUGAUAAAGUUAAACCUGGAUGACGUGGAAGUUCCAGUAGAGUUUAUUGCACAAUACAAAUCUAUGCUGGGAAAUCAUGUUGUGGUUAGGGAUCCUGUAGGGGGGAGUUCACCUUUCAAUUUCUCCUAUUGUGGAAAGAACAAGUUUUCUAUCAGGAUAUUUGAUAGACUGAUGAAUCAAAUAAGCUAUGGUGCUGGCCCUUCUGUAAGGCAACCUGAUGUUGGGAGUUCAGGAAAGAAUGGUGAAGAGGUGGUUGUGUCUGAUGUUGGUGAUAAGGAUGAAGUUGGUGGGGAAGUUCCAGUGGAUGAUGUCGGUGGUAAGGUUGAAGUUGGUGGGGAAGUUUCAGUUCCAGUGGCUGAUGUUGGUGAUAAGGAUGAAGAUGGUGUGGAAGUUCCAGUUCCAGUGGCUGAUGUUGGUGGGGAGAUACCAUUAGCUGAUGUUGGUGGGCAGUUUAUGGAUGUGGAUAACAUUGAAGAGAAUGAUGUAAUUAUGAUAUCAAGUGAUGAUGAGGAGUAUGAUGGAAUUGUGCAAUUAAGUGAUGAGGAGGAGGAUGAUGGAAUUAUGCAAUUGAGUGAUGGAGAGGAGGAUGAUGGUGUGGAGAGGGUUAUUCAUAAUUUUGAUAAGGUCAUUAGCAGCUCUGAUUCUGGUGGAGGCCAGACAAUGGCAUUGCCUAAGUUGUAUGUGGUGAAUCAUAUUAGGGCAAACUGGGAGAAUAUCGUUCUACAAACCCCUAGGGGUAGAACUUAUAGUUGUCUGCUGAAAAGAAGGAAUCCAAGGAAGAUUGAUACUCCAAUCCACAUUGCAAAGGAUUGGUAUCAAUAUGUGAAGGAUCAUGAGUUGAAGUAUAGGGAUGUUGUGCACUUUAGGCCAGUUAGCACUCACAACAAUUUGGUUAAUGUUACCAUUACCCGUGGGCAGCCGUAGUGAGUUUGAUGUUUUGUUGAUUUCCUAUUAAUGUUUUCAGUUUGGACCUUGUAUGUUUUGCCUUUGUUUUGUGCAACUUUUGGACUGGCUUGAUGCCCCUGGCUUGUUAGACCUUUUUGGAUAUGUUUUGUGCAACUUGGUGUUUUAUGGAUAUUAGUUAAUCAAUGACUUUAUAUGUUAUUA